GAUGUGGCUAUGCUCUGACAUCCAUCCGAGGAAAUAUACCAAAUAAAAAGCUUUACACUGGAAGCACUCUCACAGUGCCGUCCUCAUGUUAAGCCGUCUGGCCACCGUCCUCCAGGAGCUCUCUGGAGAGGAGGGCCCAGAUGGAGACCCACAGGGUAUGUUGGUGCCGCAGCUCCCUGCCGACGAGGGCCAGGCUCCAGCUGAGUCCGAGGUCCCCGAGGAGGCCCUGGAGAGGCUGGGUCACCUGGAACAACGUGUCCAGCUGAAGGAGCUCAUCCGAGACAAAGACACCCAGCUCGUCCAGAAGGACACCGAACUGUCAAACAAAAAUGCACAGCUCAAGAACGAGAAAGAUGAAGCCGAGGCUCGCUUCACCAAACUCAAACUGCAAGCCAAAGCCAAGAUGGCUUCCCUCAACAAACAGAUUACAGAUCUGAAAGGACAGGGAGGAGAAGCUACGAGUCCAGACAGCUCUUUCACAGGAGCCGGUGCUGCAGUCGAGGAGGAGCUGCAGGAGCUCAAGAAGAAGCUGAACGAGGAGGAAUCCAACAGCAGAGGGCUUCAGGAGCAACUCCAGAUCACAGAAGAGCUCCUGAAAGAGAAGGAAGCUACACAUGCCGAGCAGUUGGGGAAACUGCAGGCUGUGGUCUGUGAGAAGGAUGUGCGUUUCCAGGAACAGAUCCAGAAACAUGAAGAAGAGCUGCUGAGGGUCACAACACAGCAGCACUACGACGGCGAGAUCCAGCAGGCUCUGUACGCAGAACAGAGGCGCUGCGAGGAACUCGAGGAGGCUUUAAACUCUCGAUCCCAGGUGCUGGAAAUGCUGCAGCAAGAAGUGAGCAGUGCUGAUCAACAGAAACAGAUCUUGACGGCUCAAUUCCGGCAGAUGGAGCAGGAGCUUUCCGAGGCUGUCAGGCAGAGAGAGGAGGAGAGGCAGCAGUGGGUCGAGCAGGUGAGCAGGGCUGAUGCAGAGCUCGCGUCCCUCAGAAGCAGCCUGGAGGCCUUGGACAGUACCAACAUGGAGGUGGCGAGGCAGCAGAGCGAGCUCGCUUCACUGAGAGAGGUGGAGCUCGUCAGUCAGGAGGCUCUGGAGAAGGAGAAGAUGGAAGUUUCUCGGUUGGAGAGCGAGCUGGCUCUGAUGAAGGAGGCCGAGCUCGAGAGGCGUUGCGCUUCAGAAAGAGACAGGGAGGAAAUAGUUCGGCUUGAGAGUGAACUUUCAUCGAUGAAAGAGGCAGGUGACCACACAAGGGAGGACGCGUCAGAGAAGGAGAAGUCAGAAGUGGAUAAACUAGAGCGAGAGUUGGCUUCACUCAAGGAGGAACAUCAUGAUGCCCUGAAGAAGAGCGAGGUCUUGGCUGAAAUCUGGAGACACCUCAGAUCUCUGGCUGGGGGAGAUGUUCAAGCAGAAGAGGAAUCCACCAUAUCCGCUGACCUCUCCCUGUUCCUGAACACUGUGAAGUCCAUCGAGACUCAACUGACGAGGCUGAAAGCCGAACACAGCGAGAGCGAAGAACAUUGUGCCGAGCUCACCCACACCAUGCAAACCCUUCAGGAACAACUCAACAGAAAAACCUCAGAGCAAGAGGAAACCACGGCCAAGAUACAAGAGCUGGAGCAGCAGAUUGAAACGAUGUCCGAUAGAGUUGAUGACACUGAACCAUCACCACAGGAUUCAUCUGAAGACAAAAAAGAGCGCAUUCUGGAACUGGAGCAGCAGCUGCUAGAAAAAGACACUGAGCUCUUUGCUUUGAAGGAGUCCCUCAGCCUGGUUACAGAGCAAAGCUCCGGUGGGGUUGCAUCAUGUGAAAGAUGCGAUCACACUCCAGCUCAAGUUCCUGAUGCCACUGCGUCCCCCCAUGAUGGUUCCACCGCCCUCCCUGACUUCACUGAGGAUCCACAGGAGGAGGACGAGACUACAUUAGUUGCAGGGGACACCUCGGUCAUCUCCAUUUCUGCUGAUACUGAGAGCAGCCCGGAGCUCAUUGGACACCAGUCCGACUCCCCUGAAGAAUCCAAAGGGACUUCGUCUGACGAGAUGGUGGCCAGUAGUGAUUCAGAGGUCGCCCACAGCAGCUGGACCCUCCUGGAAGCUUUGAAUCAAGACGGAGGUCAGGAGUGGCCCUCCGUCCUGCAGGACUUAAGCCAGCUGCAGCUUCAGUCAUGGGAGGCGACGAGCAUGGAGUCAGAAACCUCCACAGUUCAAGUUGAGUCCUCUUCUGUCAUCAUUAGAGAGACAAUACAAGUGAAUUUAUCUUCGCAGAGUUCAUUCACUGCAGAUGGUAGCGGGUCCUCUGGUCAGGUCUUUGCUCAGGUCUUAGCCGAGGAACUUCAGAAGAGGUACAGCGAUCUUUUGGCCGAGCUUCAGAGGCUCCGAGACGCAGCUGCAGAGUCGCAGGAGAAAAUCACGAACCUGGAAGAAGAAACACAGUCCCUUACUGUUGCAAGAGAAGAAGCCGAGUCUCAGAGCAAAAGUUAUGCAGAAGAACUUAAAUCAGCGAGAGAAGAGCUGGACAAACAAUCUCAGGAAAGCAGCUCUGGAUUAGAGAAAUGCAGCGUUGAAAUCCAGCUUCUCGAAGAACAGAUAGAAAUUUUAACCGCUGACAAGAAAUCAAAGGAAGAGAAGAUCCAGGCUCUGCAGACGGAUCUGGACAUGGUUCAACAAGCUUUCACCGAGCAGGAGGGGCAGGUCAGGAUGCUAAACGCUCAGCUGGAGGACAGAGAGCUCCUCUCUUCAGAGCUCGAAAAGAAGCUGCAGGAAAUGGAAAACAGCAUGUUGGAAUACUCUCAGACAUCAGAGCUAAACAAUGACACUUUGUCAAAGAAGGACUCUGAAAUCAGCGAGCUACACCUCCAACUCAGCCAGAAAGAGCAAGAGAUGACGGAGCUUAACGACAGCAUGUCUGCUAAACUUCUCCAAGCAGAAGAAGAGAGGUUCCAAAUAGACGGUGAGGUCAACAAACUGAAGGAGCAGAUAGUGGAGCUUGAGAACGUUAGAGAUGAGAAACAGAAAGAAGGUCAUGAAGAGUCGGUCACUGAUGAAGAUGGUGAACUUGUUAGUCUGCGAAAGGCGAAAGGAGUGCUGGAAACCCAACUGACAACCGCCAAGAAGAAGUUGCAGGCUGCUCUCGUACAACGUAAAGAGCUUUUGAAGAAGGUUGCUGAUUUUGAGGCAGAGGCAGAGAAACGGAAAGAGCAAAGUGACACAGCAAGGGAAACUUCUGCAAUCCUCCGAGAGACGGAACAAUCCAGAGAACGUGAGAUCAGUGAAAUGGAGGCUAGACUUGUCCAACUCGAGCAAGCAUUAAGAUCCAAAGAAGAGGCAUGUGAAACUCUGGAGCAGAAACUAAGUCAGCACGAUCAGGUUCUCGCCGAGACGCUCGCUCUGAAUAAAAAGCUGAGUGAAGAAGCUGAAAACCCUCAGCAGGCGUCUGACGUUUCUACUUCUGAAACGACUACAUUACAAUCCCAGGUCGCCUCUCUUGAAGCAGAGUGUGAAGCCCUUCAUAAGAAGGUUCAGGAGGCCCAAGAGUCUCGCAAGGAAACCAUCCGCAAAGCAAAAGAGAAAGAUCGGCACCACCGCGAACAGCUGAAGCAGCAGAAAGAAGAAUACACCGAGCUUGUGGAACGUUUUGAAGCACAGACGGGCGAGCAGGAAGCUCUUCAGACUAAAUUGAGAGAAUUGGAAAGAGAAAGAGUGAACAUUGAAAGAGAGGAUCAGCCACGCAAGGAGACCAAGCAAGUGGCUGAAUUUUUGGAAAAGCCAGCAGCAAGUGAUUGGGUGCAGGAGGAUUGGGUGGAUUUUGCAACAUCCGAGACUUAUUCGUCAGGGCCGCAAUCCAGCGAGCAUGUUCAGAAACCUGAAGGCAAAUCUGAGGUCUUCUCUGAACAAAUGGAUGAAUCUGUGAGAGCCCUCAGAGCCGAGAUCCAGACUGUGAAAAUGGCUAACACAGAGCUUCAGAAGCAGCUGCAGGAAACCCAGGACAUAUUGUCACUUAAGGAGGCUGAAUUCUUGGAAGUGGGCAAAGAGCUGCAAGCAUUAAGAGAAAAGGAAAGACAAAUUGAUGCACUCUCAGAGGAAAUUAUUGAUCUCAGAGAAAAGUAUCACCAGGCUGAGACUUGUGCGGAAACCCUAAAAGCAGAGACGGAAGCUGUAGCUUCUGCCGAUUCUGCAUCCUCCGUCGCAGCUCUUCAGGCUGAAGUUCAGGACUUUAAACAGUUCCUCGACAACAAGAACCAUGAAAUCCUGGAGCUCAGUCAGCAGCUUAGCGAGCAGAACUCUCUCAUAGGCUCAAUGCAGGAGACAGUGUCUCUGAAGGAUCUGCUCAUAUCUUCUUUACAGGAAGAACUGAAGGCGGAGCAAGAAAAAACUCAAAGGUUGGAGGUCGAGGUUCCACAGAAGCAAGAGGAAGAAAAAGACAGCGAGGAAAAGAUUCAGCAGCUUCAACGGAAGCUUCAGGCCGCUCUGAUCUCUCGCAAAGAAGCCUUAAAAGGAAACAAAACUUUGAAGGAACAACUUGCUUCAACUGAGAAACUCCUGAAGGAGUUGCAGCAGAAAAUUGAGUCGGCAGAAAAGGAGCUAGAGAAGCUGAGAGCGGAGAAAGUUAAACUGAUUGACGAGGUUGACAGGACAUUACUGGAAAACCAGAGCCUGGGAUCGUCCUGUGAGAGCCUCAAACUGGCCAUGGAAGGCAUACUGAGCGAGAAAGAUGCCUAUAAGAAAGACGUGGAGUUGGCGAAAGAGGAGGCCGCCAGAGCGUGCAAAGAAUGGGAGGAAAAAGUUCAAGGCAUGAAGGACGAGUACGAGACACUGCUCAAGUCGUAUGAAAAUGUGAGCGACGAGGCAGAGCGGGUGAGAAGAGUCCUGGAGGCCGCCAGGCAGGAGAGGCAGGAGCUCGCCGCCAAGGUGAGGACUCACGAGGCCAAAAGGCAGGAAGCGGAAAGACAAGCGGAGGAGGCGCAGAAAGAGGUGGACACAGUGAAGGACAAAAUGAGAAAGUUUGCCAAAACAAAGCAGCAGAAGAUACUCGAGCUGGAGGAGGAGAACGAGAGGCUGAGAGAGAUGCAGGAAAAGAGCGGAUCAAAACGGGAGGGCAGGGCUCUCAAAGCAGAGGUGGAAAGCCUUCAAGAUGAGCUGGCGGCAUUGAAAGCUGAGUUCGACGCUACGGCGGCAGAAAGAGACUCUUUAGGGCGACAGAAAGAGUUGAGGGGACAACUUUCACAGACGGGAGAGAAAGAGGACAAUGCUGCUCAGACCGUUGUGGAAGAGGUUGUAAUUGCUCAACAAUCAAACGUAAUCAUGACCAAAGCUGAGCCUGUUGAGAGUCACAACGAAGACAAAGAUGAACCACAAACCCCAGAGGAGACACCAGAUAACCAAAUAGUUGCAGUAGAAGCACAAGACACACAUUUGCAACCUACUGAAGAGACAGAAAUAGAAGAAGAAAGGGCUGAGAGUGAUCAAGCAGAAACGACUGAAGGUGUUCAAGCUUUAUUGGAGGAUAAAAUGAGGGCGACGGAGGCCGCUGUUAAUGCCGAGAGGGAACAGUGGCAUGAACAGGAGGCUAAACUUAGAGCUGAAAUAGCCUCUCUUGAGCGAGAUCUUCACGAGACCAAAGACAAAGAGAGCCUCCAGGCCUCUCUUGAAACAUUCCUCCAAGAGAGCAAAGAGAGAGAGAAGAGCCUGAUCGUAGAGGGGACCAAGAGGGAAGCCCAGUUCAAGGAGCUUCUGAAAAGCCUUGAAACUGAGAAAGAUAACCUGGAGGAGCGUCUCAUGAACCAGCUGGCUCAGCUCAACGGGAGCAUCGCGGGCUAUCAGCAAGAGGCCGCCGACAACAGUGAGAAGCUCGAAGAUUUAAAGCGGGAGGUUGAGAGGUUGGAGACGGAACGAGCCGAACUGGAAGCCGAAGCUCAGAGGGAGAGGGAGCGGGCUGCUAGGCUGGAGGAGGACAUGAGGCAAGCCCAGAGAGAACGAGCCGAGGCCGAGGCCGAGUCCGGAAAGCAGAGGGAGCUGGAGCAGCAGCUGAAGUCCGCUCAGAGGGUGAAAGAAGGCAGUCAGAGCAGAGCGAAACAGCUGGAAGAACUGCUGAGGGAGAAGCAGCUGGAAGUCCGUCAGCUGCAGAAGGACUCCAUCCAGUACCAGGAGAGGAUCAGCGAACUGGGCAGGGAAACUAAGGCGCUGCAGCUAGGCCAUGACGAGCUCAAGAAGAAACUUGAGCAAUCCCAACUGGAGACGUCUAAAAUUGUAGAAGACCUAGAAAAGACUGAGGCCGACUUGGCUGGCUGCAAAUCUGAGCUGGAAGAGGCCCAGAAGAAAGCGAGUGAGGCGAUAGCUGAAAAGACAGCUGUUGAAAAUAACGCCAAACAGAAAGAGGCCUCGAUGAAAGCCGAGGCAGAGCAAACCCUCGACUCUGUGAGGUUCAGGCUGGGAGCUGAGCUGAAGGAGAUGGAGCUGAGGCUGGAGGACGCAUACACAGAUAGGGAAAAAGAAGAGGAGGCGACUUUAGAGGCUAGAGAGAUGGCAGAAGGAGCUGGGAGACGGGCUCAGGAGAUGCAGGGUCGUCUGGACGAGUCUCUGGCCCGGUUAGCUGCAUUCUCGCGCUGCAUGUCUUCAUUGCAAGACGACAGGGACAGAGUUUUGGACGAGGCCAAACAGUGGGAGACUCGCUUUAAGGAUUCUCUGCAGGGUAAGGAGGCUGAAGUACGGGAGGCUGAAACACGGGUUAAAGAACUGGCCGAACAGCUUCAAAAAGAAACCGCCUUCAAAGAGGAACUCCAGCUGUCCGUGGAUCGACUGGAGAAAGCAGACAAGGAUUGGCAGCUGAGACUGGAAGCAGAGGAAAGGAAAGUCACAGAGAUCCAAGCUGCCCUAGAUGAGGAGACUGAAAAGUUUCAGAAGACCGCAGCUGAGCUCGAGGCCGCACAGACUGAAGUCCACGCCCUGAAAAACGAGCUGGAGAGUCUAAAUCAGAGGGGCCGAGCUCUGGAGGAGGCUGUAGGUCGGCUACAGGGCGAAGUCGACAAGGCCAGAAUCGAGCUGAGGGAGAGGGAGGCGGAAGAGAGCCGACUGUGUCUGAACGUGGAGCAGCUGGAGACGGACCUGCGAUCCUCCAAAGCCUUGACGGAGAACUUGCAGACCGAGCUGCACGAGAAGGAAAAACGAGAAGUGGAAAUGCUGGGGGAGAAAGAGCAAGCGGUGACUGAGGCUGCAGAGGAGGCUAGGAAAGAAGCCGACAGCAGAGCACAAGCGGCCGAGGAGGAGCUGGAGCAGAGGAGAGGGGAGCUGCGGGAUCUGGAGGAAAAACUGAGAAAGGUGCAGGAAGAGAGCAUCAGCAGAAAAGCCAAACUCGAUUCUUUCACAAAGGCCAUGGGCUCCUUGCAGGACGACAGAGACAGAGUCCUCAAUACGUACAAACAGCUGGAGGAGAAACACCUGCAGGUGAUGAUGGAGAAGGACGGUCUGAUCCAAGAGGCAGCAGGAGAGAACAACAGCCUGAAGGAGGAGUUGCGCUCUCUGAUGGUCCAGAGAGACGACCUGUACGCUGAAAAGGCCCACCUGUCCGCUCAGCUUCACGGCUACCGGGACGAACUCAACCAAGUGUUGAGCAUGAAGGAAUCCCAACAGAAAAAGCUUCUGGCAGCUCACCGAGAGCGAAUCACCACUCUGGAAAGGGAGAAACAGGAUUUAGAAAGUCAGUUAGAGAUGGUGAGCAAAGCUAGAGCGGCAGAAGUAGAAGCCGGCAGAGUGGAAAGGGAGACUCCUAGCCAAGCUGUUGAAGUUACGACGGCGUCGCAGGUGAUCGAUGCCCCGGGUGCUGAGGUUGAGAAGCUGAGGGAGCAGCUAGAAGCAGCGAGGGAACAAGUAGACGCUCUGCAGGACACUCUACAGAGGGAGAGACAAGAGCAGGAGAGCAAGGGCAAAGAGCUCGCUGAGCUGCAGUGGGAGGGAGGCGUGAUGCGGACGGAGUCGGAGACCGCUCAGGAGAGGGUGGCAGAGCUGGCACGAGACCUGCUGGUUGUCGAGCAGAAGCUGCUGGAGGAGAAAGAGGCGACGGCACAGCUGAAAGCAGAGAAGCAGUCGUUCUCGAAAGCCAUGGCGUCGCUCCAGGACAGCAGGGACGAAGCGGAGAACAAGGCCCGGGAACUGAGCCUGAAGAUGGAAGAGAUGAGCAGAGCAGGUGGCCAGGCAGCACAGAGCAGCCCUGGAGGCUCCACUGGAGAAGUGUGGGGGCUGAAGAACGCACUACAAGCCCUGCAGAAUGACCGGGAGAGACUGUUGGAGCAACUUCAAACACAGACAACUGAGCUCAAGAAGCAGAAGUCAGAGCUGGCUCGGCUCGGCGCAGGAGAGCUGAUCAAAGUCAGCCAGGAGCUCUUUGAGGAGAAAAAGAAGAACGAAGACAUGCUGAGUAUUUUAAUGCAGCUGGAGAAUGUGGUGGAAAUGGGCAAGCAGGAAGUAGAAACUCUCAGACUGGAGCGAAUGGACUGGAUGGCCCAAGCAGAGCAGCUGAAGCAGCAGACCCUCGCCACGCUCUCAGAGAGGGACCAACAACUGCGGCAACUCACAUCAAUGCUGGAGGAGGCCCGCACUCAUAAACCCAAACUACAACAAGAACACUAUCAGAGAGAGGGCACAGAGGAGGUGGACAGCGCCCCUGGAGCCCCACAGGAGCGGAGCAGCGUGCUCGACAGCCAUGCCUACAUCGCUGAGGUCAAAGAGCUACAGAGGAGGCUGGAUGAGGAGACGCAGCAGCGAGUGGCUGCUGAGGAGCAGCUGAUGGCCGAACAGGAUCGACUCAGACUCAGCCACAGCCAGUCUAAAUGGCACUCUGCACAUGAAGAGGAGACUGCUGUUUUCAUCGAGCCGUCGGAAGGAGCUGUCACUCGAUCUCGGAGAGGUGGCCCGGGUUUAAUGCGGAUGCUCCGGGUGGCUUUCUGUUCCCGUCAGCGCACCCCUCUGCUGCUCGGCCUCUAUCUGCUCACUGUGCACGUCCUGCUGCUGAUGUGUCUGGGCGGGUACCUCUGAAACCAGCUCCCUUCACAGAUAUGAAGAAUGGACACUGACCUUAGCCAAGCCAACCAUAUGUUUGACAUUGUUACAUGUACAAAUCAUAGAGGAUACAAACAUUGCACUUUACAUGGCUUAAUCUUUUAGCCAAAGUAUGUAGAUUUUUAAGAAAUAGUCAAUUAAAUUAAUCUGAUUUGCUCUUUUAAGGCUUUGAGGGUAUAUUAUAAUAUUUUCCAAAAACCCAGAUAGACAGAACAUGAAGGGACAAGGUUUGUUUUCUCUCUAAGAAUUUAAAAGUAGAUUCAUAAUCAAGUAUUGAGGAAGAUGGUGUUGUUUAUGUGCCUUUAUGGAUUUGGAUAUAAAAGGGUCACUUUAGGCAAGGGAAAAAGGUGGGACAUUUUAUGGACUGUAGUUUACAUGUCAUGGAAAUCGCUCAUCGAGGCUUGACACAGUCAGAGGGGAAGUUCUGGCUCAGGUUACAAAAUUGACUAAAAGUAACACUUAAGACCAGUUAUCAAGAAAUAGUAUUUUACCCCUUUUUAAUUUUGCUCGUAAACUAAAGGAAAAAACUAAAACACCGAGACGUUGUUUCACGGCGUUAUGUAUUAUUCUGCGACAGACUAUUUUGAUUGUCAGCAGUUGCCAGGCAACCCUGCGGAAAUCCUUAGAAGUAACCCGUCGAGGCUCAAAGUAGUCGGACUCUGGCACGCGAAGCGGACAAUUGUCGUUUUUAAACACUUUGUUCUGUGAGAUUUAUUGAAGGAGACUUGACUAGUUGGAACAGGGCUUUUAGAGACGCUCAUGACAAACCAGAGCCAUGGUUGCUCUUUUACCAGUCGUCAUAGUGAGCCAAACUAACUGAUGAAGUUAGUUUCCACUUUGUGCAAAGCUAGCCGGCUAUUUGUUGUCGCCUUUUAUUUAGCGGACAGAUGUUGAAGUGCCAUCAGCUUUGUCAUCUAAUCCUUGCCAGAAAGCAAUGAAGCAAACGUCCCAACAUUUGGACUACUUUAUUUAAAUGGCUUUGAGGUUCAGGAUGUGCUUUUAUAGUCCAGUCGUUUCCUCUUCUUCCCAUUUAAUACACAAAAAACGAGCACAGUGCAAUUUCUGUUCUUACACAUUCCUAGUGUGUUUUCUUUUUAAAUCACAUUUUAGCAAAGAAGCAUUAAGUCAGUACGUGUGACUGUACAUGCACUAUGUGUUUCCCUUUUACAUAUCCAGUGUGAGUCUCUGUUUAUGCUUAUGUUGCACACAUUGAGAUUUUAAAAAUUUGCCUUUAGCUGUUGGCAAAUGAAGAUGCCGUUCAAGUGAAAUGUUUUACUACAGCGAGGAUGCAUUCCAGAGGAGAAAGACUGCUGUGUUUACCAGUGAUAUCCAUCCAUUAUAGACUACUCUGAUGUAGCAUAACUUAUUGUCCAACAGUAGUCAUGGACCUACAUACCAUAUAUCCUGUAAUCUUUCUGUUUGUUGUUAAUUUAAUAUCUCACUGUUGGUGGAAUAAUUAUUGUGUACUCAUCUUUCACAAUCAUGCUAUUCUUCACAUCUUACACACACACACACUGAAAUCUACUUUAUCUGUAAAUAACUGUUUUAAAGGGCUGUAUAGAAAAAGAAAACCUAAUAAAAGUGGUGGUGGUUUAGUUCAGGGACUGAUGUGUUAAUCAUGAAUCGAGUUUUUGGUCUGUUACUCAAAUUUAAACGUUUUAUUUAUUGUUUUUGUGCAGUAAUUAACCAAAAAAAGGGUUAUUAUUCAGGUGUUUUCCCCUAUUUCAGCAAAGGGUUGACCUGGAUAUGUACCUGCUUCUGUUUAAAAUGUUGCUCUUUCUCAAUUCUACAUGUGGUGAGUAUGAAUGAUAUCAUAAUUUACUGUGACAUUUUACAUUUUAAUUUUGCACAUGGUGAAAUAUCAGUCUUAAAAACACUAGAAAUAUCUCCUAAAACACUUUGGUUUGCACGCUUUCUGUCAUUUUAACAUGUCAAGCUUCAAUAAAAGGAUUUUAUUUUCA